CAGCAAAAAAGCAAACGCUCCUCAGCGUGUAUUUAGAAGCGACUGUGUUGAACAGAAAGGAAUCCAAUCAGACACACCAACACAGACACAGUCACACUCACAGUUACAGUCACAGUCGCGCAUAAACGUACACUGACACACACACACACAUACACACACAGACACCAUACACACCCUCGCACACACAUGCACUCGUGUACAUAAGGCUUACAUAAAAUCUAAGGAAAAAUCGAUGCGAGUGCAUUUAAAAUUCAACCAAAGAAGGUCUCAGCUAGUGAAAUUUCUUCGCGUUAAACUCGAAUUGAAAAGAACAAUUCAUUAGUUAGCCGUGUGAAAAAAUAAACUAUGACUAAUCAGUGACGACAUACGCGAGCUGCGCUUACACAAUAUCUCUAUACUAGAUAUACGAAAUACCACAUAAGAUUGAAAUUCGUUUGAUAUUUUCCAAUUGCAAAUCGGUGUACGCAAAAUGGUCACUGAAAAUGGAGCUCAGGGCGAUGGCAACACUUCCUUCCUGCGUGCCGCACGCGCCGGCAAUCUGGAGCGCGUGCUGGAGCAUCUGAAGAACAACAUUGACAUCAAUACCAGCAAUGCAAACGGCUUGAAUGCACUGCAUUUGGCUUCCAAGGAUGGACACAUACACGUUGUCUCGGAGCUGCUGCGACGCGGCGCCCUUGUGGAUAGCGCUACCAAGAAGGGCAACACGGCUCUGCACAUUGCCUCGCUGGCGGGUCAGGAGGAGGUGGUGAAGCUGUUGCUAGAGCACAACGCCUCCGUCAAUGUGCAGUCGCAGAAUGGCUUCACGCCCCUCUACAUGGCCGCCCAGGAGAAUCACGAUGCUGUUGUGCGCCUACUGCUGUCCAAUGGCGCCAACCAGAGUCUGGCCACGGAGGAUGGGUUUACGCCACUGGCAGUAGCCAUGCAGCAGGGACACGAUAAGGUUGUAGCCGUGCUCCUCGAGAGCGAUACUCGUGGCAAGGUGCGCCUACCAGCGCUCCACAUAGCUGCCAAAAAGGAUGACGUCAAAGCAGCUACGCUUCUACUGGACAAUGACCACAAUCCGGAUGUGACUUCCAAGUCGGGCUUUACGCCGCUGCACAUUGCCUCGCACUAUGGCAACCAGAACAUUGCCAAUCUGCUAAUCCAGAAGGGUGCCGAUGUCAACUACUCGGCCAAGCACAACAUUAGUCCUCUCCACGUGGCUGCCAAGUGGGGCAAGACCAACAUGGUCUCGCUGCUGCUCGAGAAGGGUGGCAACAUUGAGGCCAAGACCCGCGAUGGCCUCACACCGCUCCACUGCGCUGCCCGCUCCGGCCACGAGCAGGUUGUGGACAUGCUGCUGGAGCGCGGCGCUCCCAUUAGCGCCAAAACCAAGAACGGUCUCGCACCAUUGCAUAUGGCCGCCCAGGGCGAGCAUGUGGAUGCCGCUCGUAUUCUGCUCUACCAUCGUGCACCCGUUGACGAAGUAACCGUUGAUUAUUUGACUGCUCUGCAUGUGGCCGCCCACUGCGGACAUGUGCGUGUGGCUAAGCUCCUGCUGGACCGCAAUGCCGAUGCCAAUGCACGUGCCCUCAACGGGUUCACGCCCCUGCACAUUGCUUGCAAGAAGAACCGCUUGAAGGUCGUCGAACUGUUGCUGCGCCACGGCGCCAGCAUAAGCGCCACCACGGAGAGUGGCCUGACCCCGCUGCAUGUGGCCGCCUUCAUGGGUUGCAUGAAUAUUGUCAUUUACUUGCUGCAGCACGACGCCAGUCCGGAUGUGCCCACUGUGCGUGGCGAGACUCCAUUGCAUUUGGCUGCACGCGCCAACCAGACGGACAUCAUCCGAAUACUUUUGCGCAAUGGCGCCCAGGUCGAUGCACGAGCUCGGGAGCAGCAAACUCCGCUGCAUAUCGCCUCGCGACUCGGCAAUGUGGACAUUGUGAUGCUGUUGCUGCAACAUGGCGCUCAGGUGGACGCCACCACGAAGGAUAUGUACACGGCACUGCAUAUUGCUGCCAAGGAGGGUCAGGAUGAGGUGGCCGCUGUGCUGAUUGAGAAUGGCGCCGCUUUGGAUGCGGCCACCAAGAAGGGAUUCACGCCACUGCAUCUGACGGCUAAGUAUGGGCACAUUAAGGUCGCCCAACUGCUGCUCCAGAAGGAGGCGGAUGUGGAUGCGCAGGGCAAGAAUGGCGUCACGCCUCUGCAUGUGGCCUGCCACUACAACAACCAGCAAGUGGCACUGUUGCUGCUAGAGAAGGGCGCCAGUCCACACGCGACCGCCAAAAAUGGACACACACCGCUUCACAUAGCGGCGCGCAAGAACCAGAUGGACAUUGCCACCACUCUGCUGGAGUAUGGCGCUCAGGCCAAUGCCGAGAGCAAGGCCGGAUUUACGCCACUGCAUCUAAGCAGCCAGGAGGGACAUGCCGAGAUUUCCAAUCUAUUGAUCGAGCACAAGGCUGCCGUCAAUCAUCCAGCCAAAAAUGGUCUUACCCCUAUGCAUCUGUGCGCCCAGGAGGACAACGUAAACGUAGCAGAGAUUUUGCAGCGCAACGGCGCCAAUAUCGACAUGGCUACUAAGGCUGGCUACACGCCGCUGCACGUGGCCUCGCACUUCGGCCAGGCUAAUAUGGUGCGUUUCCUGCUGCAGAACGGCGCCAACAUUGACAUGGCCACCAAGGCUGGCUAUACACCGCUGCAUCAGACCGCCCAGCAGGGCCAUUGCCACAUUGUCAACUUGCUGUUGGAGCACAAGGCGAAUGCCAAUGCCCAGACCGUCAACGGGCAGACGCCACUGCAUAUUGCACGCAAGCUGGGCUACAUCAGUGUGCUCGAUUCUCUGAAGUCGAUUACCAAGGAGGAUGAGGCAGCCACUGCGCCCGCUCAGACCGAGGAAAAGUAUCGCGUAGUGGCGCCAGAGGCCAUGCACGAAUCCUUCAUGUCUGACUCGGAGGAAGAAGGUGGCGAAGACAAUAUGCUAUCCGAUCAACCUUAUCGCUAUUUGACCGUUGAUGAAAUGAAAUCCCUAGGCGAUGACUCGCUACCAAUUGAUGUGACUCGGGAUGAGCGUAUGGACUCCAACCGGAUGACCCAAAGUGCCGAGUAUGCCGGCGGUGUACCGCCUACAAUUGGCGAGGAGAUGAUCAGUCCGCACAAGGCUCAGGUAUAUGGCUCCUCGCCCAAGGCAACUGUUGAUGGCGUCUACAUUGCCAAUGGCGUUGGCAAUGAAGAGCCACCGCAUGUGGGUCGCAAGCUGAGCUGGAAGAGCUUCCUGGUCUCAUUCCUGGUAGAUGCACGCGGCGGUGCCAUGCGUGGCUGUCGCCACAGCGGCGUGCGCAUGAUAAUUCCGUCGCGCUCCACCUGCCAGCCGACGCGGGUGACCUGCCGCUACGUAAAGCCGCAGCGCACCAUGCAUCCACCGCAGUUGAUGGAGGGUGAGGCCUUAGCCAGCCGCGUGCUGGAACUCGGACCCUGCUCGACGAAGUUCAUUGGGCCCGUGGUAAUGGAGGUGCCACAUUUCGCUUCGCUACGUGGCAAAGAGCGCGAGAUUAUCAUACUUCGUUCCGAUAACGGUGAAACCUGGCGCGAGCACACCAUAGACAACUCUGAGGAGAUCAUACACGAUGUUAUGCAGCAGUGCUUCGAGCCAGAGGAAAUCGCUCAGCUGGAAGAGCAGGCCGGCAAUCAUGUCUGCCGCUUUGUCACAUAUGAUUUUCCUCAGUACUUUGCUGUUGUAUCGCGCAUACGCCAGGAGGUGCACGCCAUCGGACCCGAGGGUGGCAUGGUCUCGAGCACUGUGGUACCGCAGGUUCAGGCCGUCUUCCCUCAGGGCGCUCUAACCAAGAAAAUCAAAGUUGGCUUACAGGCCCAACCGGUUGAUCCUGAUCUAACUGCUAAGCUGCUGGGUCGCGGCGUUGCCGUAUCGCCGAUUGUAACGGUCGAGCCGCGCCGGCGCAAGUUCCACAAGGCAAUCACACUGAGCAUGCCCGCCCCGAAGGCGCACAGCCAGGGUAUGAUCAAUCAAUAUUCGGGCAAUACGCCAACUUUGCGUCUGCUGUGUUCAAUAACAGGCGGACCAUCCCGAGCCCAAUGGGAGGACGUAACCGGUUCCACACCGUUGACAUUUGUCAACGAUUGUGUCUCGUUCACGACCACAGUUUCUGCACGUUUCUGGCUAAUGGAUUGCCGCAACAUUUCUGAUGCAACCAAAAUGGCAACAGAGCUGUACAAGGAAGUCAUUCACGUGCCCUUCAUAGCCAGAUUUGUGGUAUUUGCCAAAAAAAUAGAACCCUUCGAGGCACGCCUACGUGUUUUCUGCAUGACUGACGAUCGCGAGGAUAAGACACUUGAGAAACACGAGCUAUAUACGGAGGUCGCCAAGAGCCGCGAUGUUGAGGUGCUUGAGGGCAAGCCCCAGUACAUUGAAAUGGCCGGUAACCUGGUGCCCGUUACCAAGUCGGGUGAUCAGUUGCAGCUGCAGUUCAAAGCCUUCCGCGAGAACCGUUUGCCAUUCACGGUGCGCGUAAAGGAUCAGCACGCAGAUAUUGUUGGUCGCACGCUGUUCAUGAAGGAACCCAAAGUGGCUAAGGGUGAACCACCCCAGCAACCCAUUUGCAUACUAAAUAUUGUAUUGCCGGAAGCCGUCAUACCCGAUUCGACGACAGCGUUCUCAGAACGGGUCUCUUCUGCCUAUCGCACCUCGAUGUUCAGCUUGAGCAAGCAUCAAAACGACCAUUACAUUGGUGAUAUACGCAUUGUAGAUCUGUCCAAUUUAUUGGGCAAAGAUUGGAUACAACUGGCACCAGAGAUAGGUAUAACCGCUGAUGAGAUCGAUGAAAUCAUCAACCAAAAUACGGACAGCAUUGCGCGACAGGCGCAGAGCAUGAUUCGUUUGUAUAAAGAUAAGCCAAACUAUGAUAUUUUGGCUCUGGAAACGGCGCUUAAGAACAUUGGACGCGACGAUAUCAUGAAGAAGUGCAAAAGUGGAAGACUAUCGCACUCACGCGAAUUUGACGAGGCGGAUCUCAUGAAGAACUCCGAAUCCGUAGAGGAGCUAGUUCGCAGAGAAAGCAAGCGAAUCCAGCAAAUCAAUGAGCGCGAAGAAGUUAAAUACUCCGCCGAGGAGAAGGAAGUCGAAGAGUCUGAGUCCGAUGAGGAGCCAGCAAAACGAACCGUUGCCGAACGCCGAGAGAAAAUUGUGAAACGUCUUUCAGUGGAACGCUCCAUACCAGCCUCAACCCAAAAGAAGGAAAUUACACGAGAGAUAACCGAAAUCAAACGCAAGAGUUUGAUUGAGGAUAAAAAGGCACAUCACGAAUCAGAGAUUCUGAUGCAAUUACCCGCCGACAAUGUCAUAAUAAAAACGGCGACUGUGCCCGAGCAGGUCAUCAAAAUGAAGAUGGGUAAAAUGGAUUCGGCCGAAGUGAGCAAAACCGAAUUUGACAGGGAGUUGACGCACAAGUUGAAAACUUCCGGGCGCAGCUCUGAGGAAGAAGAGGUACCUUCUCCAGACAAGAUUGAUAAGAUUGUCCAGGACAUUAGCACCGCUGAGAAGACAGCCAAGAAGGACACGGCUACCACUAGUCGAGUGGCUACAAUUACCCGCCAGGAAGCACGUGAUAUGACCGAAGAUUUCCUGGAAUUCGAAAAGCGCAGCCAAUUACCAGCUGCUACAACAACGGCAACGGUUCACGAGAAAUUCGUAGAGGAGAUCAAAGAAAAGACAAGUCCAGUGGCAGCAAUGGCACAGGAUACGAUUAGAGAGGUCGAACAGGUCAUUAGCGAGGUAACCGAAACUGCCAGUAAGAAGGUGGAGAAUAUAAUAAGUUCUUUCGAGAGUGGCAAACAGGAGAUCAAGGAGAAGAGCACAGUGCUGGCCAGUGAGGUCGCCAAAGAAACAACGAAGGUCAGCGAGACCAUAAAACAUCUACAAGAUGCACAGUCUUUAUCUAUUGAAGAGUCCGCCAAAACAGUCCAAAUAGUGGAGAGCACAAAGAUUGACGAAAAAAUUGCUGAUUUCGAGGCCAAAAAGGUUAAAUACGAUUUCCACGGCGGAGAACCAAAGACACAUAUACCAAAACCUGUUAAGAAAUCUAGCGAGGACUCGCCUAAACCUACAGCGGCUCCUCGUGCCGCAGCUGAAUCUGACUUUGAGAAACCAUCUGAAGCAAAGGUGGAGAAGCAUCUUUCCAAAAUACCAGUCAAAACUGGCGAGGCUGCAAAGAUUGCCGAAGUGGAUGCACGAAAAUUGACACAAGAUUUUCUGCAAGCUGAGCAAAAGGCCCAACUGGCGGCUGCUGCUGAACAUAAAACUGCUGCUGAACAUAAAGCUGCUGCUGAGCAUAAAGCAGCUCCGGCUGCAAGUAAGAUACCUAAAGUGGAGCCCAGAAAAUCGGUGGAGAAGCCGGUAGAAAAAGAGACGAAAGUCUUUGAUGAUAUUGUUCUAUCUACUGCCACCAUAAUGACAUCUGGAAUGGCUAGCGAGCCUCCAAAAGAACAACCGGAAAUUGCUGCCAAGGCCGAAACUGUGACGGAAAAGUUGACCGAUCUGAUUCACACUUUCCACAAACUCGAAGAUAGACUUAACAAAACUGAAAAGCCCCUGGAAAUAACUAGCAAGGUGGUGGAGCUCGCAGGCACAAAGGAGGAGCCUUUAACUACAGCUCAACAAGAACUACCAAAAUUGUCUAAAAAGGAAGACAAAGUCGCAGAAAAGGUUGCCGAAGUUGUCGAGACAUUCCACAAAAUCGAGGAGCACAUCGUCCUUGAUACUCACAAGCAAACUCAUGAUUUCCUUAGCAUGGAACAGCAGAGCCAACUGCCCAGCAUGCAUAGUGCAAUUGAGAAGAUGCUCGAGUCCAGCCAGACGUCAACAGCUUCUGAGCCCGAAUCAUUGAUAACUGUGAAGGCAGCGCCUCCCGCUAGUAAAAUACCAGUAGUGGAGCCCAGAAAAGCUUUGGUUGAGGAAACACUGAAGCCAGCUGAAGUAUCAGCACAACUUAAGGAACGUCAGCUCACAGCGGACUUCCUUCACAUGGAGCAGCAAACCCAGCUGGAGUCUCAGCCUCAAAAGAACACAACGGCUAGCGCUGAAGUGACUAUCUUGCCUGAAAUCAAUCAGCCACAACUUGCUGCCAAGGAACCUACUGCUAUCGCUGAUAUUAGUACAACCAUAGUAAAGGAACCAACAGCCACUAAAUUAGAGCCCGACACAAAGAUCGUUUCGGAAGAUGGCAUUGAGUCGGCGGCGCCAAUUGGUGAAGUAUCACCAUUUGCCACACGCAAGUUAACCGCCGAUUUCCUAACCAUGGAGCAACAGACUCAGCUGCCCAGCGCUGUUAAAGACAUUGGCUCAUACGAUAGUGAUACAUUCGACAAACGAGCCACAGUCCCAUUGAGCGACAUCGUUAAGGAAGCGGGACUCUGUGCACCGCUGCCCAUUGAGCCGCGCAAGUCGCUUACCGAUGCGGAGUUUUGCAAAUAUGUGGGUGAUACGAUAACAAAAAAGAUGAGCGAGGGUUUAAUCGAAAUGUCAGAUGAGCUCAAACAAUUAGCGAGCGACAUUCCAGACUCCCAAACUCCGCCACCCACACCGAGUGAUGCCAAAACUGAGAAGCAGGAGGAGCAAACCGAUCUGGGCGAGCUAGAGCGUGAUUAUCUAGCCGACACUGUGACAACGCUGCACACAACUACAGAGUCGACCUUUGAGCGUGUUGCUGCCAUUUCCACAGUUGAAAUGAGUGCAAGUAGUCCAACUCCGAAACCGAAGACAACGACCACAACAACGACCCUGUCUACGAAAGUAGAACGCACCAAAAUAGAUUUAACUGCGACACCAAACGAGCAGCAGCAGAAAGAUCAUUUUAAGACGGAGCUGGAUAAUGUCCAGCGAGAUGCUGGCGAUAGGGAGUAUUUAGAGCAGAUAAUGGGCUGUGGUGAUGUGAGACGCAAGAUAUUGCGUUUGGAGAGCAGUGGCAGUACGGAGUCCUUGGAAUCCAGCGCCACACCACAGAGUCUGCCACCCAAGUACAUAGGCGAUAAGGUGCCAGUUGUUAAGGAUGUGGUACAGAGUAUUGAGAAUAAAAUCAGCGGCACAGUGGUUGAGGCUAUUCCCUUUUCUGUACAAAAGCGAACAACAGAUCAUAAAGAGCCGAACAUACUUGAGGUAGAGAAGCAAAUUCUUACAGCUGCAGAUAUUGCAUUGGAUAAGUUGACCAAAUGCGAACCACCUGCUGAAGUUGUAAAAUUAUCACCCGUCGAGGCAAUGGAGCGUGGAGCAAUUGGUAUGGCGCACAUUGAGGAGGCGGUUUGCGAGAGGGUUUGUGAGAAGCGAAAGGCCUUUGAGGUCGCAGAAGACUUAAAUGAAACGCAAAAGACUUUGGAAGAACAGACACAAGCUAAACUAUCUGAAAACACCAGGUCCCCCAUUGAGGCAUCUAAGCAAAUUCUAAAGAAAUAUUCUGAUGAUAAAGAUAUUGGAUUUGACAAGCCUACAGAAAGGCCCCUUUCCUCAGCCAUACCCUUGGUACCUCUAGCAAUGACGACAAGCAAAAUUACUUCCGUGAGUGAUACUCGCGAGUCCGUUGAUAUUCAGAUCAAAGAUGUAGUGAAGCUGCCCAUGGAUCCUGUAAAAUCUGUUGAGAAACCCAAAUCUCCAACUGUUGUAGCGAAGACAGUUUCAAAGGGAUAUUCAGACGAUGAGAGUGAUGACGAACUUGGAAUUGUUAAGCCAUUAGAUAAGCCUCUUCCUUCAACCACUCCUCUGCUGCCACUUGCAGACAAGACCCUGCAGAAAACUGACGAUAUUGUUAAACCACUGACUGACUUGAAGGACGAUAAGCCACAAGCUAAAUUAGAUGAGAAACCCAAGUCCCCGAUUGAAGCAUCCAAGCAAACUCUUAAGGAAUAUUCUGAUGAUGAAAGUGAUGAAGAUAUUGGAUUUGAUAAGCCUACAGAAAAGCCCCUUUCCUCAGCCAUACCCUUGGUACCACUAGCAAUGACGACAAGCACAAUUACUUCUGUGAGUGAAACACGCGAGUCUGUUGAUAUUCAUAUCAAAGAUGUAGUGAAGCUGCCCAUGGAUCCUGUAAAAUCUGUUGAGAAACCCAAAUCCCCAACUGAUGUAGCCAAGUCAGUUUCAAAGGGGUAUUCAGACGAUGAGAGUGAUGACGAGUUUGGAAUUGUUAAGCCACUAGAUAAGCCUAUUUCUUCAGCCACUCCUCUGCUGCUACUUGCAGACAAGACAUUGCAGAAAACUGACGAUAUUAUUAAACCACUGACUGACUUGAAGGACGAUAAGCCACAAUCUAAAUUAGAUGAGAAACCCAAGUCCCCCAUUGAUGCAUCCAAGCAGACUCUUAAGGAAUAUUCUGAUGAUGAAAGUGAUGAAGAUAUUGGAUUUGAUAAGCCUGCAGAAAAGCCCCUUUCCUCAGCCAUACCCCUGGUACCACUAGCAAUGACGACAAGCACAUUUACUUCUGUGAGUGAAACACGCGAGUCUGUUGAUAUUCAUAUCAAAGAUGUAGUGAAGCUGCCCAUGGAUCCUGUAAAAUCGGUUGAGAAACCCAAAUCCCCAACUGAUGUAGCCAAGUCAGUUUCAAAGGGGUAUUCAGACGAUGAGAGUGAUGACGAGUUUGGAAUUCUUAAGCCACUAGAUAAGCCUAUUUCUUCAGCCACUCCUCUGCUGCUACUUGCAGACAAGACAUUGCAGAAAACUGACGAUAUUAUUAAACCACUGACUGACUUGAAGGACGAUAAGCCACAAUCUAAAUUAGAUGAGAAACCCAAGUCCCCCAUUGAUGCAUCCAAGCAGACUCUUAAGGAAUAUUCUGAUGAUGAAAGUGAUGAAGAUAUUGGAUUUGAUAAGCCUGCAGAAAAGCCCCUUUCCUCAGCCAUACCCCUGGUACCACUAGCAAUGACGACAAGCACAAUUACUUCUGUGAGUGAAACACGCGAGUCUGUUGAUAUUCAUAUCAAAGAUGUAGUGAAGCUGCCCAUGGAUCCUGUAAAAUCUGUUGAGAAACCCAAAUCCCCAACUGAUGUAGCGAAGACAGUUUCAAAGGGGUAUUCAGACGAUGAGAGUGUUGACGAAUUUGGAAUUGUUAAGCCACUAGAUAAACCUCUUCCUUCAACCACUCCUCUGCUGCUACUUGCAGACAAGACCCUGCAGAAAACUGACGAUAUUGUUAAACCACUGACUGACUUGAAGGACGAUAAGCCACAAGCUAAAUUAGAUGAGAAACCCAAGUCCCCGAUUGAAGCAUCCAAGCAAACUCCUAAGGAAUAUUCUGAUGAUGAAAGUGAUGAAGAUAUUGGAUUUAAUAAGCCUACAGAAAAGCCCCUUUCCUCAGCCAUACCCCUGGUACCACUAGCAAUGACGACAAGCACAAUUACUUCUGUGAGUGAAACACGCGAGUCUGUUGAUAUUCAUAUCAAAGAUGUAGUGAAGCUGCCCAUGGAUCCUGUAAAAUCUGUUGAGAAACCCAAAUCCCCAACUGAUGUAGCCAAGUCAGUUUCAAAGGGGUAUUCAGACGAUGAGAGUGAUGACGAAUUUGGAAUUGUUAAGCCAUUAGAUAAGCCUCUUCUAUCAACCACUCCUCUGCUGCUACUUGCAGACAAGACCCUGCAGAAAACUGACGAUAUUGUUAAACCACUGACUGACUUGAAGGACGAUAAGCCACAAGCUAAAUUAGAUGAGAAACCCAAGUCCCCGAUUGAAGCAUCCAAGCAAACUCUUAAGGAAUAUUCUGAUAAUGAAAGUGAUGAAGAGAUUUGUUUCGACAAGCCUCAAGGCAAACUCCUUCCCUUCACCACACCUCUGGUACCUCUAGCUAUGACUACAACCAAAAUUACUUCCGUGAGCGAUACUCGCGAGUCCGUUGAUAUUCAGAUCAAAGAUGUAGUGAAGCUGCCCAUGGAUCCUGUAAAAUCAGUUGAGAAACCCAAAUCUCCAACUGUUGUAGCCAAGUCAGUUUCAAGGGGGUAUUCAGACGAUGAGAGUGAUGACGAAUUUGGAAUUGUUAAGCCAUUAGAUAAGCCUCUUCUAUCAACCACUCCUCUGCUGCUACUUGCAGACAAGACCCUGCAGAAAACUGACGAUAUUGUUAAACCACUGACUGACUUGAAGGACGAUAAGCCACAAGCUAAAUUAGAUGAGAAACCCAAGUCCCCGAUUGAAGCAUCCAAGCAAACUCUUAAGGAAUAUUCUGAUGAUGAAAGUGAUGAAGAGAUUUGUUUGGACAAUCCUCAUGAUAAACUCCUUCCCUUCACCACACCUCUAGCAAUGACGACAAGCAAAAUUACUUCCGUGAGUGAUACUCGCGAGUCCGUUGAUAUUCAGAUCAAAGAUGUAGUGAAGCUGCCCAUGGAUCCUGUAAAAUCUGUUGAGAAACCCAAAUCCCCAACUGAUGUAGCCAAGUCAGUUUCAAAGGGGUAUUCAGACGAUGAGAGUGAUGACGAAUUUGAAAUUGUUAAGCCACUAGAUAAGCCUCUUCUAUCAACCACUCCUCUGCUGCUACUUGCAGACAAGACCCUGCAGAAAACUGACGAUAUUGUUAAACCACUGACUGACUUGAAGGACGAUAAGCCACAAGCUAAAUUAGAUGAGAAACCCAAGUCCCCCAUUGAUGCAUUCAAGCAAACUCUUAAGGAAUAUUCUGAUAAUGAAAGUGAUGAAGAGAUUUGUUUCGACAAGCCUCAAGGCAAACUCCUUCCCUUCACCACACCUCUGGUACCUCUAGCUAUGACUACAACCAAAAUUACUUCCGUGAGCGAUACUCGCGAGUCCGUUGAUAUUCAGAUCAAAGAUGUAGUGAAGCUGCCCAUGGAUCCUGUAAAAUCAGUUGAGAAACCCAAAUCUCCAACUGUUGUAGCGAAGACAGUUUCAAAGGGAUAUUCCGACGAUGAGAGUGAUGACGAACUUGGAAUUGUUAAGCCACUAGAUAAACCUCUUCCUUCAACCACUCCUCUGCUGCUACUUGCAGACAAGACCCUGCAGAAAACUGACGAUAUUGUUAAACCACUGACUGACUUGAAGGACGAUAAGCCACAAUCUAAAUUAGAUGAGAAACCCAAGUCCCCGAUUGAAGCAUCCAAGCAAACUCCUAAGGAAUAUUCUGAUGAUGAAAGUGAUGAAGAUAUUGGAUUUGAUAAGCCUACAGAAAAGCCCCUUUCCUCAGCCAUACCCCUGGUACCACUAGCAAUGACGACAAGCACAAUUACUUCUGUGAGUGAAACACGCGAGUCUGUUGAUAUUCAUAUCAAAGAUGUAGUGAAGCUGCCCAUGGAUCCUGUAAAAUCUGUUGAGAAACCCAAAUCCCCAACUGAUGUAAGCAAGUCAGUUUCAAAGGGGUAUUCAGACGAUGAGAGUGAUGACGGAAUUGGAAUUGUUAAGCCACUAGAUAAGCCUCUUCCUUCAACCACUCCUCUGCUGCUACUUGCAGACAAGACCCUGCAGAAAACUGACGAUAUUGUUAAACCACUGACUGACUUGAAGGACGAUAAGCCACAAGCUAAAUUAGAUGAGAAACCCAAGUCCCCGAUUGAAGCAUCCAAGCAAACUCCUAAGGAAUAUUCUGAUGAUGAAAGUGAUGAAGAUAUUGGAUUUGAUAAGCCUACAGAAAAGCCCCUUUCCUCAGCCAUACCCCUGGUACCACUAGCAAUGACGACAAGCACAAUUACUUCUGUGAGUGAAACACGCGAGUCUGUUGAUAUUCAUAUCAAAGAUGUAGUGAAGGUGCCCAUGGAUCCUGUAAAAUCUGUUGAGAAACCCAAAUCCCCAACUGAUGUAGCCAAGUCAGUUUCAAAGGGGUAUUCAGACGAUGAGAGUGAUGACGGAAUUGGAAUUGUUAAGCCACUAGAUAAGCCUCUUCCUUCGACCACUCCUCUGCAGCUACUUGCAGACAAGACCCUGCAGAAAACUGACGAUAUUGUUAAACCACUGACUGACUUGAAGGACGAUAAGCCACAAGCUAAAUUAGAUGAGAAACCCAAGUCCUCGAUUGAAGCAUCCAAGCAAACUCCUAAGGAAUAUUCUGAUGAUGAAAGUGAUGAAGAUAUUGGAUUUGAUAAGCCUACAGAAAAGCCCCUUUCCUCAGCCAUACCCCGGGUAGCACUAGCAAUGACGACAAGCACAAUUACUUCUGUGAGUGAAACACGCGAGUCUGUUGAUAUUCAUAUCAAAGAUGUAGUGAAGCUGCCCAUGGAUCCUGUAAAAUCUGUUGAGAAACCCAAAUCCCCAACUGAUGUAGCCAAGUCAGUUUCAAAGGGGUAUUCAGACGAUGAGAGUGAUGACGGAAUUGGAAUUGUUAAGCCACUAGAUAAGCCUCUUCAUUCGACCACUCCUCUGCAGCUACUUGCAGACAAGACCCUGCAGAAAACUGACGAUAUUGUUAAACCACUGACUGACUUGAAGGACGAUAAGCCACAAGCUAAAUUAGAUGAGAAACCCAAGUCCUCGAUUGAAGCAUCCAAGCAAACUCUUAAGGAAUAUUCUGAUGAUGAAAGUGAUGAAGAUAUUGGAUUUGAUAAGCCUACAGAAAAGCCCCUUUCCUCAGCCAUACCCCGGGUAGCACUAGCAAUGACGACAAGCACAAUUACUUCUGUGAGUGAAACACGCGAGUCUGUUGAUGUUCAUAUCAAAGAUGUAGUGAAACUGCCCAUGGAUCCUGUAAAAUCUGUUGAGAAACCCAAAUCCCCAACUGAUGUAGCCAAGUCAGUUUCAAAGGGGUAUUCAGACGAUGAGAGUGAUGACGAAUUUGGAAUUGUUAAGCCACUAGAUAAGCCUCUUCCUUCAACCACUCCUCUGCUGCCACUUGCAGACAAGACCCUGCAGAAAACUGACGAUAUUGUUAAACCACUGACUGACUUGAAGGACGAUAAGCCACAAGCUAAAUUAGAUGAGAAACCCAAGUCCCCGAUUGAAGCAUCCAAGCAAACUCCUAAGGACUAUUCUGAUGAUGAAAGUGAUGAAGAGAUUUGUUUGGACAAUCCUCAUGACAAACUCCUUCCCUUCACCACACCUCUGGUACCUCUAGCAAUGACGACAAGCAAAAUUACUUCCGUGAGUGAUACUCGCGAGUCCGUUGAUAUUCAGAUCAAAGAUGUAGUGAAGCUGCACAUGGAUCCUGUAAAAUCAGUUGAGAAACCCAAAUCUCCAACUGUUGUAGCGAAGACAGUUUCAAAGGGAUAUUCAGACGAUGAGAGUGAUGACGAAUUUGGAAUUGUUAAGCCACUAGAUAAGCCUCUUCCUUCAACCACUCCUCUGCUGCUACUUGAAGACAAGACCCUGCAGAAAACUGACGAUAUUGUUAAACCACUGACUGACUUGAAGGACGAUAAGCCACAAGCUAAAUUAGAUGAGAAACCCAAGUCCCCGAUUGAAGCAUCCAAGCAAACUCCUAAGGAAUAUUCUGAUGAUGAAAGUAAUGAAGAGAUUUGUUUCGACAAUCCUCAUGACAAACUCCUUCCCUUCACCAUACCCCGGGUACCACUAGCAAUGACGACAAGCACAAUUACUUCUGUGAGUGAAACACGCGAAUCUGUUGAUAUUCAUAUCAAAGAUGUAGUGAAGCUGCCCAUGGAUCCUGUAAAAUCUGUUGAGAAACCCAAAUCCCCAACUGAUGUAGCCAAGUCAGUUUCAAAGGGGUAUUCAGACGAUGAGAGUGAUGACGAAUUUGGAAUUGUUAAGCCACUAGAUAAGCCUCUUCCUUCAACCACUCGUCUGCUGCUACUUGCAGACAAGACCCUGCAGAAAACUGACGAUAUUGUUAAACCACUGACUGACUUGAAGGACGAUAAGCCACAAGCUAAAUUAGAUGAGAAACCCAAGUCCCCGAUUGAAGCAUCCAAGCAAACUCUUAAGGAAUAUUCUGAUAAUGAAAGUGAUGAAGAGCUUUGUUUCGACAAGCCUCAAGACAAACUCCUUCCCUUCACCACACCUCUGGUACCUCUAGCUAUGACUACAACCAAAAUUACUUCCGUGAGCGAUACUCGCGAGUCCGUUGAUAUUCAGAUCAAAGAUGUAGUGAAGCUGCCCAUGGAACCUGUAAAAUCAGUUGAGAAACCCAAAUCCCCAACUCAUGUAGCGAAGACAGUUUCAAAGGGGUAUUCAGACGAUGAGAGUGAUGACGGAAUUGGAAUUGUUAAGCCACUAGAUAAGCCUCUUCCUUCGACCACUCCUCUGCAGCUACUUGCAGACAAGACCCUGCAGAAAACUGACGAUAUUGUUAAACCACUGACUGACUUGAAGGACGAUAAGCCACAAGCUAAAUUAGAUGAGAAACCCAAGUCCCCGAUUGAAGCAUCCAAGCAAACUCCUAAGGAAUAUUCUGAUGAUGAAAGUGAUGAAGAUAUUGGAUUUGAUAAGCCUACAGAAAAGCCCCUUUCCUCAGCCAUACCCCUGGUACCACUAGCAAUGACGACAAGCACAAUUACUUCUGUGAGUGAAACACGCGAGUCUGUUGAUAUUCAUAUCAAAGAUGUAGUGAAGCUGCCCAUGGAUCCUGUAAAAUCUGUUGAGAAACCCAAAUCCCCAACUGAUGUAGCCAAGUCAGUUUCAAAGGGGUAUUCAGACGAUGAGAGUGAUGACGAAUUUGGAAUUGUUAAGCCACUAGAUAAGCCUCUUCCUUCAACCACUCCUCUGCUGCCACUUGCAGACAAGACCCUGCAGAAAACUGACGAUAUUGUUAAACCACUGACUGACUUGAAGGACGAUAAGCCACAAGCUAAAUUAGAUGAGAAACCCAAGUCCCCGAUUGAAGCAUCCAAGCAAACUCCUAAGGAAUAUUCUGAUGAUGAAAGUGAUGAAGAUAUUGGAUUUGAUAAGCCUACAGAAAAGCCCCUUUCCUCAGCCAUACCCCUGGUACCACUAGCAAUGACGACAAGCACAAAUACUUCUCAACCCAAAUCCCCAACUGAUGUAGCCAAGUCAGUUUCAAAGGGGUAUUCAGACGAUGAGAGUGAUGACGAAUUUGGAAUUGUUAAGCCACUAGAUAAGACUCUUCCUUCAACCACUCCUCUGCUGCCACUUGCAGACAAGACCCUGCAGAAAACUGACGAUAUUGUUAAACCACUGACUGACUUGAAGGACGAUAAGCCACAAGCUAAAUUAGAUGAGAAACCCAAGUCGCCCAUUGAAGCAUCCAAGCAAACUCUUAAGGAAUAUUCUGAUAAUGAAAGUGAUGAAGAGAUUUAUUUCGACAAGCCUCAAGACAAACUCCUUCCCUUCACCACACCUCUGGUACCUCUAGCUAUGACUACAACCAAAAUUACUUCCGUAAGCGAUACUCGCGAGUCCGUUGAUUUUCAGAUCAAGGAUGUAGUUAAGCUGCCCAUGGAACCUGUAAAAUCAGUUGAGAAACCCAAAUCCCCAACUGAUGUAGCGAAGACAGUUUCAAAGGGGUAUUCAGACGAUGAGAGUGAUGACGAAUUUGAAAUUGUUAAGCCACUAGCUAAACCUCUUCCUUCAACCACUCCUCUGCUGCUACUUGCAGACAAGACCCUGCAGAAAACUGACGAUAUUGUUAAACCACUGACUGACUUGAAGGACGAUAAGCCACAAGCUAAAUUAGAUAAGAAACCCAAGUCCCCGAUUGAAGCAUCCAAGCAAACUCCUAAGGAAUAUUCUGAUGAUAAAAGUGAUGAAGAUAUUGGAUUUGAUAAGCCUACAGAAAAGCCCCUUUCCUCAGCCAUACCCCUGGUACCACUAGCAAUGACGACAAGCACAAUUACUUCUGUGAGUGAAACACGCGAGUCUGUUGAUAUUCAUAUCAAAGAUGUAGUGAAGCUGCCCAUGGAUCCUGUAAAAUCUGUUGAGAAACCCAAAUCCCCAACUGAUGUAGCCAAGUCAGUUUCAAAGGGGUAUUCAGACGAUGAGAGUGAUGACGAAUUUGGAAUUGUUAAGCCACUAGAUAAGCCUCUUCCUUCAACCACUCCUGUGCUGCUACUUGCAGACAAGACCCUGCAGAAAACUGACGAUAUUGUUAAACCACUGACUGACUUGAAGGACGAUAAGCCACAAGCUAAAUUAGAUGAGAAACCCAAGUCCCCGAUUGAAGCAUCCAAGCAAACUCCUAAGGAAUAUUCUGAUGAUGAAAGUGAUGAAGAUAUUGGAUUUGAUAAGCCUACAGAAAAGCCCCUUUCCUCAGCCAUACCCCUGGUACCACUAGCAAUGACGACAAGCACAAUUACUUCUGUGAGUAAAACACGCGAGUCUGUUGAUAUUCAUAUCAAAGAUGUAGUGAAGCUGCCCAUGGAUCCUGUAAAAUCUGUUGAGCAACCCAAAUCCCCAACUGAUGUAGCCAAGUCAGUUUCAAAGGGGUAUUCAGACGAUGAGAGUGAUGACGAAUUUGGAAUUGUUAAGCCCCUAGAUAAGCCUCUUCCUUCAACCACUCCUCUGCUGCUACUUGCAGACAAGACCCUGCAGAAAACUGACGAUAUUGUUAAACCACUGACUGACUUGAAGGACGAUAAGCCACAAGCUAAAUUAGAUGAGAAACCCAAGUCCCCGAUUGAAGCAUCCAAGCAAACUCCUAAGGAAUAUUCUGAUGAUGAAAGUGAUGAAGAUAUUGGAUUUGAUAAGCCUGCAGAAAAGCCCCUUUCCUCACCCAUACCCUGGGUACCACUAGCAAUGACGACAAGCACAAUUACUUCUGUGAGUGAAACACGCGAGUCUGUUGAUAUUCAUAUCAAAGAUGUAGUGAAGCUGCCCAUGGAUCCUGUAAAAUCUGUUGAGAAACCCAAAUCCCCAACUGAUGUAGCCAAGUCAGUUUCAAAGGGGUAUUCAGACGAUGAGAGUGAUGACGAAUUUGGAAUUGUUAAGCCACUAGAUAAGCCUCUUCCUUCAACCACUCCUCCGCUGCCAUUUGCAGACAAGACCCUGCAGAAAACUGACGAUAUUGUUAAACCACUGACUGACUUGAAGGACGAUAAGCCACAAUCUAAAUUAGAUGAGAAACCCAAGUCCCCGAUUGAAGCAUCCAAGCAAACUCUUAAGGAAUAUUCUGAUGAUGAAAGUGAUGAAGAGAUUUGUUUGGACAAUCCUCAUGACGAACUCCUUCCCUUCACCACACCUCUGGUACCUCUAGCAAUGACGACAAGCAAAAUUACUUCCGUGAGUGAUACUCGCGAGUCCGUUGAUAUUCAGAUCAAAGAUGUAGUGAAGCUGCCCAUGGAUCCUGUAAAAUCAGUUGAGAAACCCAAAUCUCCAACUGUUGUAGCGAAGACAGUUUCAAAGGGAUAUUCAGACGAUGAGAGUGAUGACGAACUUGGAAUUGUUAAGCCACUAGAUAAGCCUCUUCCUUCAACCACUCCUCUGCUGCCACUUGCAGACAAGACCCUGCAGAAAACUGACGAUAUUGUUAAACCACUGACUGACUUGAAGGACGAUAAGCCACACGCUAAAUUAGAUGAAAAACCCAAGUCCCCCAUUGAUGCAUUCAAGCAAACUCUUAAGGAAUAUUCUGAUGAUGAAAGUGAUGAAGAUAUUGGAUUUGAUAAGCCUACAGAAAAGCCCCUUUCCUCAGCCAUACCCUUGGUACCACUAGCAAUGACGACAAGCACAAUUACUUCUGUGAGUGAAACACGCGAGUCUGUUGAUAUUCAUAUCAAAGAUGUAGUGAAGCUGCCCAUGGAUCCUGUAAAAUCUUUUGAGAAACCCAAAUCCCCAACUGAUGUAGCCAAGUCAGUUUCAAAGGGGUAUUCAGACGAUGAGAGUGAUGACGAAUUUGGAAUUGUUAAGCCACUAGAUAAACCUCUUCCUUCAACCACUCCUCUGCUGCCACUUGCAGACAAGACCCUGCAGAAAACUGACGAUAUUGUUAAACCACUGACUGACUUGAAGGACGAUAAGCCACAAUCUAAAUUAGAUGAGAAACCCAAGUCCCCGAUUGAAGCAUCCAAGCAAACUCUUAAGGAAUAUUCUGAUGAUGAAAGUGAUGAAGAUAUUGGAUUUGAUAAGCCUACAGAAAAGCCCCUUUCCUCAGCCAUACCCUUGGUACCACUAGCAAUGACGACAAGCACAAUUACUUCUGUGAGUGAAACACGCGAGUCUGUUGAUAUUCAUAUCAAAGAUGUAGUGAAGCUGCCCAUGGAUCCUGUAAAAUCUGUUGAGAAACCCAAAUCCCCAACUGAUGUAGCCAAGUCAGUUUCAAAGGGGUAUUCAGACGAUGAGAGUGUGGACGAAUUUGGAAUUGUUAAGCCCCUAGAUAAGCCUCUUCCUUCAACCACUCCUCUGCUGCCACUUGCAGACAAGACCCUGCAGAAAACUGACGAUAUUGUUAAACCACUGACUGACUUGAAGGACGAUAAGCCACAAUCUAAAUUAGAUGAGAAACCCAAGUCCCCGAUUGAAGCAUCCAAGCAAACUCUUAAGGAAUAUUCUGAUGAUGAAAGUGAUGAAGAGAUUUGUUUGGACAAUCCUCAUGACAAACUCCUUCCCUUCACCACACCUCUGGUACCUCUAGCAAUGACGACAAGCAAAAUUACUUCCGUGAGUGAUACUCGCGAGUCCGUUGAUAUUCAGAUCAAAGAUGUAGUGAAGCUGCCCAUGGAUCCUGUAAAAUCAGUUGAGAAACCCAAAUCCCCAACUGAUGUAGCCAAGUCAGUUUCAAAGGGGUAUUCAGACGAUGAGAGUGAUGACGAAUUAGGAAUUGUUAAGCCACUAGAUAAGCCUCUUCCUUCAACCACUCCUCUGCUGCCACCUGCAUACAAGACCCUGCAGAAAACUGACGAUAUUGUUAAACCACUGACUGACUUGAAGGACGAUAAGCCACAAUCUAAAUUAGAUGAGAAACCCAAGUCCCCGAUUGAAGCAUCCAAGCAAACUCUUAAGGAAUAUUCUGAUGAUGAAAGUGAUGAAGAUAUUGGAUUUGAUAAGCCUACAGAAAAGCCCCUUUCCUCAGCCAUACCCUUGGUACCACUAGCAAUGACGACAAGCACAAUUACUUCUGUGAGGGAAACACGCGAGUCUGUUGAUAUUCAUAUCAAAGAUGUAGUGAAGCUGCCCAUGGAUCCUGUAAAAUCUGUUGAGAAACCCAAAUCCCCAACUGAUGUAGCCAAGUCAGUUUCAAAGGGGUAUUCAGACGAUGAGAGUGAUGACGAAUUUGGAAUUGUUAAGCCACUAGAUAAGCCUCUUCCUUCAACCACUCCUCUGCUGCCACUUGCAGACAAGACCCUGCAGAAAACUGACGAUAUUGUUAAACCACUGACUGACUUGAAGGACGAUAAGCCACAAUCUAAAUUAGAUGAGAAACCCAAGUCCCCGAUUGAAGCAUCCAAGCAAACUCUUAAGGAAUAUUCUGAUGAUGAAAGUGAUGAAGAGAUUUGUUUGGACAAUCCUCAUGACAAACUCCUUCCCUUCACCACACCUCUGGUACCUCUAGCAAUGACGACAAGCAAAAUUACUUCCGUGAGUGAUACUCGCGAGUCCGUUGAUAUUCAGAUCAAAGAUGUAGUGAAGCUGCCCAUGGAUCCUGUAAAAUCAGUUGAGAAACCCAAAUCUCCAACUGUUGUAGCGAAGACAGUUUCAAAGGGAUAUUCAGACGAUGAGAGUGAUGACGAACUUGGAAUUGUUAAGCCACUAGAUAAGCCUCUUCCUUCAACCACUCCUCUGCUGCCGCUUGCAGACAAGACCCUGCAGAAAACUGACGAUAUUGUUAAACCACUGACUGACUUGAAGGACGAUAAGCCACAAUCUAAAUUAGAUGAGAAACCCAAGUCCCCGAUUGAAGCAUCCAAGCAAACUCUUAAGGAAUAUUCUGAUGAUGAAAGUGAUGAAGAUAUUGGAUUUGAUAAGCCUACAGAAAAGCCCCUUUCCUCAGCCAUACCCUUGGUACCACUAGCAAUGACGACAAGCACAAUUACUUCUGUGAGUGAAACACGCGAGUCUGUUGAUAUUCAUAUCAAAGAUGUAGUGAAGCUGCCCAUGGAUCCUGUAAAAUCUGUUGAGAAACCCAAAUCCCCAACUGAUGUAGCCAAGUCAGUUUCAAAGGGGUAUUCAGACGAUGAGAGUGAUGACGAAUUUGGAAUUGUUAAGCCACUAGAUAAGCCUCUUCCUUCAACCACUCCUCUGCUGCCACUUGCAGACAAGACCCUGCAGAAAACUGACGAUAUUGUUAAACCACUGACUGACUUGAAGGACGAUAAGCCACAAGCUAAAUUAGAUGAGAAACCCAAGUCCCCCAUUGAUGCAUUCAAGCAAACUCUUAAGGAAUAUUCUGAUGAUGAAAGUGAUGAAGAUAUUGGAUUUGAUAAGCCUACAGAAAAGCCCCUUUCCUCAGCCAUACCCUUGGUACCACUAGCAAUGACGACAAGCACAAUUACUUCUGUGAGUGAAACACGCGAGUCUGUUGAUAUUCAUAUCAAAGAUGUAGUGAAGCUGCCCAUGGAUCCUGUAAAAUCUGUUGAGAAACCCAAAUCCCCAACUGAUGUAGCCAAGUCAGUUUCAAAGGGGUAUUCAGACGAUGAGAGAGAUGACGAAUUUGGAAUUGUUAAGCCACUAGAUAAGCCUCUUCCUUCAACCACUCCUCUGCUGCCACUUGCAGACAAGACCCUGCAGAAAACUGACGAUAUUGUUAAACCACUGACUGACUUGAAGGACGAUAAGCCACAAUCUAAAUUAGAUGAGAAACCCAAGUCCCCGAUUGAAGCAUCCAAGCAAACUCUUAAGGAAUAUUCUGAUGAUGAAAGUGAUGAAGAUAUUGGAUUUGAUAAGCCUACAGAAAAGCCCCUUUCCUCAGCCAUACCCUUGGUUCCACUAGCACUGACGACAAGCACAAUUACUUCUGUGAGUGAAACACGCGAGUCUGUUGAUAUUCAUAUCAAAGAUGUAGUGAAGCUGCCCAUGGAUCCUGUAAAAUCUGUUGAGAAACCCAAAUCCCCAACUGAUGUAGCCAAGUCAGUUUCAAAGGGGUAUUCAGACGAUGAGAGUGAUGACGAAUUUGGAAUUGUUAAGCCACUAGAUAAGCCUCUUCCUUCAACCACUCCUCUGCUGCCACUUGCAGACAAGACCCUGCAGAAAACUGACGAUAUUGUUAAACCACUGACUGACUUGAAGGACGAUAAGCCACAAGCUAAAUUAGAUGAGAAACCCAAGUCCCCCAUUGAUGCAUUCAAGCAAACUCUUAAGGAAUAUUCUGAUGAUGAAAGUGAUGAAGAUAUUGGAUUUGAUAAGCCUACAGAAAAGCCCCUUUCCUCAGCCAUACCCUUGGUACCACUAGCAAUGACGACAAGCACAAUUACUUCUGUGAGUGAAACACGCGAGUCUGUUGAUAUUCAUAUCAAAGAUGUAGUGAAGCUGCCCAUGGAUCCUGUAAAAUCUGUUGAGAAACCCAAAUCCCCAACUGAUGUAGCCAAGUCAGUUUCAAAGGGGUAUUCAGACGAUGAGAGUGAUGACGAAUUUGGAAUUGUUAAGCCACUAGAUAAGCCUCUUCCUUCAACCACUCCUCUGCUGCCACUUGCAGACAAGACCCUGCAGAAAACUGACGAUAUUGUUAAACCACUGACUGACUUGAAGGACGAUAAGCCACAAUCUAAAUUAGAUGAGAAACCCAAGUCCCCGAUUGAAGCAUCCAAGCAAACUCUUAAGGAAUAUUCUGAUGAUGAAAGUGAUGAAGAUAUUGGAUUUGAUAAGCCUACAGAAAAGCCCCUUUCCUCAGCCAUACCCUUGGUUCCACUAGCAAUGACGACAAGCACAAUUACUUCUGUGAGUGAAACACGCGAGUCUGUUGAUAUUCAUAUCAAAGAUGUAGUGAAGCUGCCCAUGGAUCCUGUAAAAUCUGUUGAGAAACCCAAAUCCCCAACUGAUGUAGCCAAGUCAGUUUCAAAGGGGUAUUCAGACGAUGAGAGUGAUGACGAAUUUGGAAUUGUUAAGCCACUAGAUAAGCCUCUUCCUUCAACCACUCCUUUGCUGCCACUUGCAGACAAGACCCUGCAGAAAACUGACGAUAUUGUUAAACCACUGACUGACUUGAAGGACGAUAAGCCACAAGCUAAAUUAGAUGAGAAACCCAAGUCCCCGAUUGAAGCAUCCAAGCAAACUCUUAAGGAAUAUUCUGAUGAUGAAAGUGAUGAAGAUAUUGGAUUUGAUAAGCCUACAGAAAAGCCCCUUUCCUCAGCCAUACCCUUGGUUCCACUAGCAAUGACGACAAGCACAAUUACUUCUGUGAGUGAAACACGCGAGUCUGUUGAUAUUCAUAUCAAAGAUGUAGUGAAGCUGCCCAUGGAUCCUGUAAAAUCUGUUGAGAAACCCAAAUCCCCAACUGAUGUAGCCAAGUCAGUUUCAAAGGGGUAUUCAGACGAUGAGAGUGAUGACGGAAUUGGAAUUGUUAAGCCACUAGAUAAGCCUCUUCCUUCAACCACUCCUCUGCUGCUACUUGCAGACAAGACCCUGCAGAAAACUGACGAUAUUGUUAAAACACUGACUGACUUGAAGGACGAUAAGCCACAAGCUAAAUUAGAUGAGAAACCCAAGUCCCCGAUUGAAGCAUCCAAGCAAACUCUUAAGGAAUAUUCUGAUGAUGAAAGUGAUGAAGAGAUUUGUUUGGACAAUCCUCAUGACAAACUCCUUCCCUUCACCACACCUCUGGUACCUCUAGCAAUGACGACAAGCAAAAUUACUUCCGUGAGUGAUACUCGCGAGUCCGUUGAUAUUCAGAUCAAAGAUGUAGUGAAGCUGCCCAUGGAUCCUGUAAAAUCUGUUGAGAAACCCAAAUCCCCAACUGAUGUAGCCAAGUCAGUUUCAAAGGGGUAUUCAGACGAUGAGAGUGAUGACGAAUUUGGAAUUGUUAAGCCACUAGAUAAGCCUCUUCCUUCAACCACUCCUCUGCUGCCACUUGCAGACAAGACCCUGCAGAAAACUGACGAUAUUGUUAAACCACUGACUGACUUGAAGGACGAUAAGCCACAAGCUAAAUUAGAUGAGAAACCCAAGUCCCCGAUUGAAGCAUCCAAGCAAACUCUUAAGGAAUAUUCUGAUGAUGAAAGUGAUGAAGAUAUUGGAUUUGAUAAGCCUACAGAAAAGCCCCUUUCCUCAGCCAUACCCUUGGUUCCACUAGCAAUGACGACAAGCACAAUUACUUCUGUGAGUGAAACACGCGAGUCUGUUGAUAUUCAUAUCAAAGAUGUAGUGAAGCUGCCCAUGGAUCCUGUAAAAUCUGUUGCGAAACCCAAAUCCCCAACUGAUGUAGCCAAGUCAGUUUCAAAGGGGUAUUCAGACGAUGAGAGUGAUGACGGAAUUGGAAUUGUUAAGCCACUAGAUAAGCCUCUUCCUUCAACCACUCCUCUGCUGCUACUUGCAGACAAGACCCUGCAGAAAACUGACGAUAUUGUUAAACCACUGACUGACUUGAAGGACGAUAAGCCACAAGCUAAAUUAGAUGAGAAACCCAAGUCCCCGAUUGAAGCAUCCAAGCAAACUCUUAAGGAAUAUUCUGAUGAUGAAAGUGAUGAAGAGAUUUGUUUGGACAAUCCUCAUGACAAACUCCUUCCCUUCACCACACCUCUGGUACCUCUAGCAAUGACGACAAGCAAAAUUACUUCCGUGAGUGAUACUCGCGAGUCCGUUGAUAUUCAGAUCAAAGAUGUAGUGAAGCUGCCCAUGGAUCCUGUAAAAUCUGUUGAGAAACCCAAAUCUCCAACUGUUGUAGCGAAGACAGUUUCAAAGGGAUAUUCAGACGAUGAGAGUGAUGACGAACUUGGAAUUGUUAAGCCAUUAGAUAAGCCUCUUCCUUCAACCACUCCUCUGCUGCCACUUGCAGACAAGACCCUGCAGAAAACUGACGAUAUUGUUAAACCACUGACUGACUUGAAGGACGAUAAGCCACAAUCUAAAUUAGAUGAGAAACCCAAGUCCCCGAUUGAAGUAUCCAAGCAAACUCUUAAGGAAUAUUCUGAUGAUGAAAGUGAUGAAGAGAUUUGUUUGGACAAUCCUCAUGACAAACUCCUUCCCUUCACCACACCUCUGGUACCUCUAGCAAUGACGACAAGCAAAAUUACUUCCGUAAGUGAUACUCGCGAGUCCGUUGAUAUUCAGAUCAAAGAUGUAGUGAAGCUGCCCAUGGAUCCUGCAAAAUCAGUUGAGAAACCCAAAUCUCCAACUGUUGUAGCGAAGACAGUUUCAAAGGGAUAUUCAGACGAUGAGAGUGAUGACGAACUUGGAAUUGUUAAGCCAUUAGAUAAGCCUCUUCCUUCAACCACUCCUCUGCUGCCACUUGCAGACAAGACCCUGCAGAAAACUGACGAUAUUGUUAAACCACUGACUGACUUGAAGGACGAUAAGCCACAAGCUAAAUUAGAUGAGAAACCCAAGUCCCCCAUUGAUGCAUUCAAGCAAACUCUUAAGGAAUAUUCUGAUGAUGAAAGUGAUGAAGAUAUUGGAUUUGAUAAGCCUACAGAAAAGCCCCUUUCCUCAGCCAUACCCUUGGUACCACUAGCAAUGACGACAAGCACAAUUACUUCUGUGAGUGAAACACGCGAGUCUGUUGAUAUUCAUAUCAAAGAUGUAGUGAAGCUGCCCAUGGAUCCUGUAAAAUCUGUUGAGAAACCCAAAUCCCCAACUGAUGUAGCGCAGUCAGUUCCAAAGGGGUAUUCAGACGAUGAGAGUGAUGACGAAUUUGGAAUUGUUAAGCCACUAGAUAAGCCUCUUCCUUCAACCACUCCUCUGCUGCCACUUGCAGACAAGACCCUGCAGAAAACUGACGAUAUUGUUAAACCACUGACUGACUUGAAGGACGAUAAGCCACAAUCUAAAUUAGAUGAGAACCCCAAGUCCCCGAUUGAAGCAUCCAAGCAAACUCUUAAGGAAUAUUCUGAUGAUGAAAGUGAUGAAGAUAUUGGAUUUGAUAAGCCUACAGAAAAGCCCCUUUCCUCAGCCAUACCCUUGGUUCCACUAGCAAUGACGACAAGCACAAUUACUUCUGUGAGUGAAACACGCGAGUCUGUUGAUAUUCAUAUCAAAGAUGUAGUGAAGCUGCCCAUGGAUCCUGUAAAAUCUGUUGAGAAACCCAAAUCCCCAACUGAUGUAGCCAAGUCAGUUUCAAAGGGGUAUUCAGACGAUGAGAGUGAUGACGAAUUUGGAAUUGUUAAGCCACUAGAUAAGCCUCUUCCUUCAACCACUCCUCUGCUGCCACUUGCAGACAAGACCCUGCAGAAAACUGACGAUAUUGUUAAACCACUGACUGACUUGAAGGACGAUAAGCCACAAGCUAAAUUAGAUGAGAAACCCAAGUCCCCGAUUGAAGCAUCCAAGCAAACUCUUAAGGAAUAUUCUGAUGAUGAAAGUGAUGAAGAUAUUGGAUUUGAUAAGCCUACAGAAAAGCCCCUUUCCUCAGCCAUACCCUUGGUUCCACUAGCAAUGACGACAAGCACAAUUACUUCUGUGAGUGAAACACGCGAGUCUGUUGAUAUUCAUAUCAAAGAUGUAGUGAAGCUGCCCAUGGAUCCUGUAAAAUCUGUUGAGAAACCCAAAUCCCCAACUGAUGUAGCCAAGUCAGUUUCAAAGGGGUAUUCAGACGAUGAGAGUGAUGACGGAAUUGGAAUUGUUAAGCCACUAGAUAAGCCUCUUCCUUCAACCACUCCUCUGCUGCUACUUGCAGACAAGACCCUGCAGAAAACUGACGAUAUUGUUAAACCACUGACUGACUUGAAGGACGAUAAGCCACAAGCUAAAUUAGAUGAGAAACCCAAGUCCCCGAUUGAAGCAUCCAAGCAAACUCUUAAGGAAUAUUCUGAUGAUGAAAGUGAUGAAGAGAUUUGUUUGGACAAUCCCCAUGACAAACUCCUUCCCUACACCACACCUCUGGUACCUCUAGCAAUGACGACAAGCAAAAUUACUUCCGUGAGUGAUACUCGCGAGUCCGUUGAUAUUCAGAUCAAAGAUGUAGUGAAGCUGCCCAUGGAUCCUGUAAAAUCUGUUGAGAAACCCAAAUCUCCAACUGUUGUAGCGAAGACAGUUUCAAAGGGAUAUUCAGACGAUGAGAGUGAUGACGAACUUGGAAUUGUUAAGCCAUUAGAUAAGCCUCUUCCUUCAACCACUCCUCUGCUGCCACUUGCAGACAAGACCCUGCAGAAAACUGACGAUAUUGUUAAACCACUGACUGACUUGAAGGACGAUAAGCCACAAUCUAAAUUAGAUGAGAAACCCAAGUCCCCGAUUGAAGCAUCCAAGCAAACUCUUAAGGAAUAUUCUGAUGAUGAAAGUGAUGAAGAGAUUUGUUUGGACAAUCCUCAUGACAAACUCCUUCCCUUCACCACACCUCUGGUACCUCUAGCAAUGACGACAAGCAAAAUUACUUCCGUAAGUGAUACUCGCGAGUCCGUUGAUAUUCAGAUCAAAGAUGUAGUGAAGCUGCCCAUGGAUCCUGCAAAAUCAGUUGAGAAACCCAAAUCUCCAACUGUUGUAGCGAAGACAGUUUCAAAGGGAUAUUCAGACGAUGAGAGUGAUGACGAACUUGGAAUUGUUAAGCCAUUAGAUAAGCCUCUUCCUUCAACCACUCCUCUGCUGCCACUUGCAGACAAGACCCUGCAGAAAACUGACGAUAUUGUUAAACCACUGACUGACUUGAAGGACGAUAAGCCACAAGCUAAAUUAGAUGAGAAACCCAAGUCCCCCAUUGAUGCAUUCAAGCAAACUCUUAAGGAAUAUUCUGAUGAUGAAAGUGAUGAAGAUAUUGGAUUUGAUAAGCCUACAGAAAAGCCCCUUUCCUCAGCCAUACCCUUGGUACCACUAGCAAUGACGACAAGCACAAUUACUUCUGUGAGUGAAACACGCGAGUCUGUUGAUAUUCAUAUCAAAGAUGUAGUGAAGCUGCCCAUGGAUCCUGUAAAAUCUGUUGAGAAACCCAAAUCCCCAACUGAUGUAGCGCAGUCAGUUCCAAAGGGGUAUUCAGACGAUGAGAGUGAUGACGAAUUUGGAAUUGUUAAGCCACUAGAUAAGCCUCUUCCUUCAACCACUCCUCUGCUGCCACUUGCAGACAAGACCCUGCAGAAAAUUGACGAUAUUGUUAAACCACUGACUGACUUGAAGGACGAUAAGCCACAAUCUAAAUUAGAUGAGAAACCCAAGUCCCCGAUUGAAGCAUCCAAGCAAACUCUUAAGGAAUAUUCUGAUGAUGAAAGUGAUGAAGAGAUUUGUUUGGACAAUCCUCAUGAUAAACUCCUUCCCUUCACCACACCUCUGGUACCUCUAGUAAUGACGACAAGCAAAAUUACUUCCGUGAGUGAUACUCGCGAGUCCGUUGAUAUUCAGAUCAAAGAUGUAGUGAAGCUGCCCAUGGAUCCUGUAAAAUCAGUUGAGAAACCCAAAUCUCCAACUGUUGUAGCGAAGACAGUUUCAAAGGGAUAUUCAGGCGAUGAGAGUGAUGAUGAACUUGGAAUUGUUAAGCCAUUAGAUAAGCCCCUUCCUUCAACCACUCCUCUGCUGCCACUUGCAGACAAGACCCUGCAGAAAACUGACGAUACUGUUAUUGAUAAGCCUACAGAUAUUGGAUUUGAUAAGCCUACAGAAAAGCCCCUUUCGUCAGCCAUACCCCUGGUACCACUAGCAAUGACGACAAGCAAAAUUACUUCCGUGAGUGAUACUCGCGAGUCCGUUGAUAUUCAGAUCAAAGAUGUAGUGAAGCUGCCCAUGGAUCCUGUAAAAUCAGUUGAGAAACCCAAAUCUCCAACUGUUGUAGCGAAGACAGUUUCAAAGGGAUAUUCAGGCGAUGAGAGUGAUGACGAACUUGGAAUUGUUAAGCCAUUAGAUAAGCCCCUUCCUUCAACCACUCCUCUGCUGCCACUUGCAGACAAGACCCUGCAGAAAACUGACGAUACUGUUAUUGAUAAGCCUACAGAUAUUGGAUUUGAUAAGCCUACAGAAAAGCCCCUUUCCUCAGCCAUACCCCUGGUACCACUAGCAAUGACGACAAGCACAAUUACUUCUGUGAGUGAAACACGCGAGUCUGUUGAUAUUCAGAUCAAAGAUGUAGUUAAGCUGCCCAUGGAUCCUGUAAAAUCAGUUGAGAAACCCAAAUCCCCAACUGAUGUAGCGCAGUCAGUUCCAAAGGGGUAUUCAGACGAUGAGAGUGAUGACGAAUUUGGAAUUGUUAAGCCACUAGAUAAGCCUCUUCCUUCAACCACUCCUCUGCUGCCACUUGCAGACAAGACCCUGCAGAAAACUGACGAUAUUGUUAAGCCACUGACUGACUUGAAGGACGAUAAGCCACAAGCUAAAUUAGAUGAGAAACCCAAGUCCCCCAUUGAUGCAUCCAAGCAAACUCUUAAGGAAUAUUCUGAUGAUGAAAGUGAUGAAGAUAUUGGAUUUGAUAAGCCUACAGAAAAGCCCCUUUCCUCAGCCAUACCCCUGGUACCACUAGCAAUGACGACAAGCACAAUUACUUCUGUGAGUGAAACACGCCAGUCUGUUGAUAUUCAUAUCAAAGAUGUAGUGAAGCUGCCCAUGGAUCCUGUAAAAUCGGUUGAGAAACCCAAAUCCCCAACCGAUGUAGCCAAGUCAGUUUCGAAGGGGUAUUCAGACGAUGAGAGUGAUGACGAAUUUGGAAUUGUUAAGCCACUAGAUAAGCCUCUUCCUUCAACCACUCCUCUGCUGCCACUUGCAGACAAGACCCUGCAGAAAACUGACGAUAUUGUUAAACCACUGACUGACUUGAAGGACGAUAAGCCACAAGCUAAAUUAGAUGAGAAACCCAAGUCCCCCAUUGAUGCAUCCAAGCAAACUCUUAAGGAAUAUUCUGAUGAUGAAAGUGUUGAAGAUAUUGGAUUUGACAAGCCUAAAGAGAAGCCCCUUUCCUCAGGCAUACCCCUGGUACCUGUAGCAAUGACUACAAGCACAAUUACUUCUGUGAGUGAAGCACGCGAGUCUGUUGAUAUUCAGAUCAAUGAUGUAGUUAAGCUGCCCAUGGAUCCUGUAAAAUCAGAUGAGAAACCCAAAUCCCCAACUGAUGUAGCGAAGUCAGUUUCAAAGGGGUAUUCAGACGAUGAGAGUAAUGACGAAUUUGGAAUUGUUAAGCCACUAGAUAAGCCUAUUCCUUCAACCACUCCUCUGCUGCCACUUGCAGACAAGACCUUGCAGAAAAUUGACGAUAUUGUUAAACCACUGACUGACUUGAAGGACGAUAUGCCACAAGGUAAAUUAGAUGAGAAACCCAAGUCCCCUAUUAAGGCAUCUAAGAAAAGUCAUAAGGAAUAUUCUGAUGAUGAAAGCGAUAAAAUGAUUGGUUUUGAUAAGCCUCAAGAAAUUCCCUCCCAUCCCUCCACCACACCACUGGUACCUCUAGCAAUGACUAUAAACAAAACUACUUCUAUGAGUGAAACGCAUGAGUCAGUUGAUACACAGAUCAAAGAUAUAGUCAAGCUGCCGAUAUGUCAUACAAAAACGUUUGAGGAACCCAAAUCUCCAACAGAAGUAGGUUACAGUGAUAGCGAAGUUGGAAUUGUAAAGUCAAUACCCACAAAUUGUCUGAAGUCCAUAAUGCAAGCUCCGUCUGGUGAGCUUGCUAAAAAUUGUAAUGUUCCUACUGAUGACAAUGCUGAAAGGGACUUAGGUCUGGAUUUAGUUAUGGAUUCUCCUAAUCGAUUAAUCGGCCGUACUGGCAUCGACAGCUACUCAAUUUCUGAGAAGGUGAUUCCAGAAUCACUUUCUGAUUUUGAUGAUACAAGAUCGGUUCAGCAAAUUGUUGAAGAAACUUUACGGGCUGGUGAUGCAGAGGUACAAAAGAUUAUAAAUGAAACUCUUAAAAGCGUGCAGGCUCAUAGAGAAUUAGAUCAAAAGGAUUAUAUAUUUACUGAGUUAUGCGAAAGUGAACGAUCGGUUGAAGAGAUUGUGGAAGAUACUUUAAAAAGUGCAAAAGUUAAGGCAGGAGAAAAAAAUCAGGUAGUAAAUCUAGUAAGAGAUGAUGUAGCCUCGACGAAAAAAGAGAUAACUAAAGAAGUCCGACCUAUUGCUUAUUUCGUCAAGUUAGGUGAUGAAAAGAUAGAUGUUAUGCCUGCAAAAAAGAUAGAAAUGAAAACCCCAGUUAGCAAAUCCAAAACAGUAAGAAAUGUCAAUGCAAAAUCCAAAGUAAAUGUAAUUAAAAAGCCACAAAUUAAAAAGCAAGUAGAUAAUAAGGAAAGACCAGCGACUACUCAAAAGAAAUCACCAUUGACACAACCAAAAUUAACGAAUGCAUCUAGCAAACAAUCAGGAGUAAAAAAGCCAUUAACAAAUGAACCUCAGAAGGUUUCUAGAAAAACCGAGUCGAGGAGAUCAGUUACAAGUUCUAUUUCGACAACAACAAGCUCGGCGUCAGCUACAAGUCGAGUUAUAAGUGAAAUUCACUUCGAAAGAUCCGCAAGUCCAGCAUCAAGUUCAAUAUUUUAUGAAAGCCACACUCAAGGCGAAAACAGCCGCUCCACAACGCCAAGGCCUAGGGUAAAAACAGAUGUUACGAAAAUACCAUACAACACCUCGGUUCGCGCGUUAAGUCCAUCCCCCAAAACCACAAAAUCGACAAAAGCAACAUCCAUUAAACAAGAUGUCAGCAAGAAAGCUAGAGUGUUUAAUAAAAAGGUAAAAACAGAGACUACCCCAAAAUCUACAAAAGUUGUGGAAGACAACAAGCGAAUAAAAACGCCAACUCCAUCUGCCACACACCGAUAUAUGCAGCCAACUUUAGCUCACAGUAUGCGUUUCGGCCUAAAUGCCGAUAGUGAAAGUCGAAGUGUGACUCCGGCCCCAGCAAAAUCACCAGCCCCACCCAAAUCGCCAGCUCCAGCACAACCCAAUCGACAAAGUAUAUAUAAAACAAAGAAUACGAUAAGUGCCUUGACAAAAAACUCGUCAAUAGAUCAAAAGCAGCAAAAAAAAUUGAUUACAGAAAAGCCCUCAGUUUUGACCAAGAAAGGUUCCCAUACUGAAAGUAAGGAUUUAUUACAGAGUACAGAUCGCCUUUACAAAAGACAAAUAUCCAAAGAGAAUAAGCAAGCAAACGUGAUAGGCUCCAAGAGCCAAAUAACUAAAAGCAUGAAGACACAAUCAGCUACUGCAACUAAAUCAAUUGCCUACAAAACUUCCAUAGAAUCUGAUAACAAGCUACAGAAAAAAACUACAUCAACUAUGCAACAACGCGUCAAAGUUCCAAUUAGCUUGUCUUCCGUAACAACAAGAGCUUCAACUAAGCUAAGCAACAAAAGUGAUGAAACCGUUUUAAAACCUCAGAUAGACAAUAAGAAAAUCGUCAGGAGGACAGCAAGUAAAACGACUGAGGGAAGCAGUAAUAUAAGCAAAAAUGUGCGCAGCUCCAUAGAACCAAAACUCCAAAAGCAGAUGAAGGAUACAAUGAACGAAUCGAGCACUACGGCCAGCGGCAGCACCAGUGCCAGCGGCUCCUCGAGCAGCACCCGACGCAGUGUACGUUCCGUGAUGGUUAGCCGCAAGACUGACAAAGAGAAGACGAAUAUGAAGUUAUCAGAACAGAAGGGUGUGAUAUCGACAUCGACUGUGCGCGUUCAUAGGGAGCCGACAGCCACUACCAGCGCGGUUAGCACCGUGCUCGUUGAUGACGACUCCGAGGUGAUAACCAUACGUUCCAUUAAAUCAAGUGAUAGUACAAAAAGCUCUACCUCAUCAUCCUCUGGUAGCGGCAGCAACAGUCGCAAGGUGCUAACCAGCGAGGUUUUCACUAAGACUUUCGGCCCCGAUAAGCCCCUGGAAGUGAUCUACCGCCAACCCGAUUUUGAUGCAGAGCACCACACGGCAAUAGGAAUGCGUCCGCAAUCCAGAAAUGAACAACAGCGCUACGUUAACGAGUUCGAUGUCAGCUUUAUCGAUACCACCGAUUCCAGUCUCUCCGACUCUGUUGCACUGCCGAUGUUUACCGCUGGUGAUCCAGAACGCCUGCUGGCCGCCAGUCCUGGCUCCCCCAAACCAACCCGUAGUCCCUUAGCCUUAAUUGAGGAAACAUUGCGGCGUCACCACCAGCAUCAGCAUCAUCAGCAUAUUGCUGCAUCGGGCAGUGCAGUAGAACCUUCGCAACAAUUGCAAGUCGAGAGCGACAGCAUUGUGGCGGUGAGUGAGAGUCGCCUUAAAAAAGAGACGGAGAAAAGCUGCACAUCAAAAGAAGGAUUAACAAAAACAGCAAUUGCUCCAUCCAUUCUGCAUACAGAAAAAGUAGCCCAGGAAAUUGAUGAUGUUAAAGUUGGUGAAGGUGAUGAUGGCGAAGAUCUUGUGGCACGCAUCCGCGAGGAAGCCAAAAUUCUAGUCGAUCACGUGCUCGAAGAGAGCGUUGAUUUCAUUGAAUGCCAGGGGGAACAGCCCAAUGGUCACGACUUUAUAAAGCACGAAUACAAUUCAGAGAGUGAAAACUAUGCUAUAACAUGCGACGAUAUUGGCGGCGUUGAUGUCAUCAAAUCGCCAACCAUUGAGUCCAUGUCCGGCAAGUCAUUCGAUGAUAACAUGAGUUUUACCGACGAGCACAUUAACUUACCCUUGCAUGCCCAAAACAUAACAACAACAACAACAGCAACAACAACAAUUACAUCGCAGUUGCAACAACAUCAGCAGCAGCAGCAGCAGCCCCAAGCUAAUGUUGCUGCCACAAGCCCAUCAACAGCAAAAGUGCCUAGUGAAGGGGAAGAAAAGAUGGAGGUGCGUACCAGACGUAUCGAGCAUAAGAUUGAAAAGUUAUCCGCUGAUGUAGAUGUCAGCGAUGUCAGCGACCGAUUUAAUGAGACAUUCGAGACAGUUGUGCAAGAGGACGAGAUAAGUGCUCUGCAGGGUGAAUAUUCCAAGCUCAGUUGGGAUGACAGUGUAUCACCCACGACUAACACAAUGGCCGACAUGGCACAGACCCAACUGACGCCCGAUAAUGAUAUUCAAGAAUUGACAACAGAAACAGGCGGCGAUUUACCAAUUUCAACCGAUACUACCCCUAUACCACCGUCGGCUGUUGUAGAAAAAACAACAACAACAACGACAACGACAACAUCAGCUGAAAAGGUGGUCGAAUCCAAUACAUUGGCGACCUCCAGCCACGACACACCCACACCGAAACCUCGCGUACUCAAAACAAGCCCGCCCGACUCCAUCUCCGAAGGCACAGAUAGCACUACCAUUCCACAUCAAGUGCAACAAUCCGACUUACCGAUCGACAUAUCUGCACCAGUUCCAAAACCACGAGCGCCCAUUAAGCACACAGAUCAGUUUGAGAACCUGGCUGCCUUGGGCGAGCAAUCCGACAGCAUUAGCCUGCGUAGUUUUGAUUUUACAGAGGAUAUUUCCAAAACGGACGAACCCUCUACAGAGCUGUCCAUACGUUCUCAGCAACGGGAUGUAGUCACCACGACAACCACUACAACUGCUUCUGAGGAUCAUACCGAAAGCUUCGAGCCAACGAGUGAGAUUUCAGUGGAUGAAGCAGAUACUGAAAAAUCGGAGGGUGUCGAGAAGACAACUAGCUUUUAUAUUGGCGAGUCAAGUCGAAAUGUGAUCAUCAAAACUUCUACGAAAUCUCCAAGCAUGACGCCACAGGAUGAAGAUCCUAAAACCGAAAUGAAUAUUGAGGCCAAAGAUAUAUCCCUGAUGAAGGAGGUGUCUGUCGAUUCGGAUGAAGCCAACGAUGCUUUCAAAGAAUAUGUAACUAUGAAGCCCGAUGAUCCCCUCACUUUAGAUAGUAAAAUAGUCAGACAAAGUUCAGAAACUCGAAAUGAUCUCUUAGAAUUUGAAAAUGCUGACAAAGAUAAAUCCACCGAUGCAAAACUUUCUAAAGUCACCACCGAGGAGAGCCUAACCACGUCGACGGGCUCUAGUGGUCGUGCUGUUAUCGAGGUGGCACCUUCAAGUAGUGAAGAUCCAGACGAGUCCAGCAAGGAAAUUCCAGAAAUAGUCAACACAAUUGCUGAAAAGCCAGACAAGUUCGAGCUUCCACUUGAGAAAAGUGAGUGGGAAACAUCAGAAAAGGAAAUUCCUACUGCAAGUAAGCCAAAGGUAGUGCACUCGCCACAGCAACCACAAACAACUUCUGAGAAACAAGUCAUUGACGAGAUGUCCAUUGCAGAUAUUCAGGAAUCUGUCGAGAAAGUAAAAAAAGAUUUUGAACUUAACAAAAUGCCUCAAACUUUUAGCACUGACGCUGAGAAUGAGGACCUAUCAUCCUUUAUAGGUAUACCCGAACUUCAAGCCUCCACAAUAGACGGUACCCAGCCACCAGAGGGUCUUUUCGAUACAACCAUCAAGGAGACAUUAAACAAACAAGCUGCUGUAGCUCAUUAUGCCAAAGAUGUGUUUGGCCAAGUAGAGCGGCGUGAUGAUCAUGGAUCUCUCGGGUUUGUCUCAACAGGCACGGCUGAAGAUUUUAGUUCAAUGGAGGAACGUUUGACGAAGGAAGAGCAAGGCUCACUUGGCUUUAUAUCUACGGAAACGGCUGAAGACUUUAGUUCAAUGGAGGACUAUUAUACGGAGAGGCUAGCAACAGCCUCUGUAGUCGUAGAAGAGAGCAUUGCAGAUAAAUCCAUGAGCAGUACUUUUGAAGAAGUGAUUUCAGAUCAAAGUAUUAAACCUGUGGACUUAGUGGUUCAUCGCAUAAAAAGUGAUAGUUCGCCAGACUCCGCCAAUCGCUGGUCCAUUCCUGAUGUUGAUAAUUCCAGCUCCAGUGAUAGUUAUCACAAGAGCUUCGAGAAAACACACAGUCGUCCACUUUCGUCUGAUGUAGAAAACUUGCUUACUGGCACUGGAACCUCAAGCGAAUACCAAACCGCUCGCGACAUCACACCUUCCACCUGUCGCGAUGGUACCGAAUACGUGAGUGCAGUCAGUACCCUGGGUAGCAGCAGUGGAAAGUCUAUUAGCUCGCAUGAGAGCAUGCGCAGCCUGGACUCGCAGUCGGAAACAUCGGCCAAUCUGAUGAGCAUUGAUGUCUCUGAGUUGUCCGAGACUUUGGUAGCAUCAUCAACAGAAGCUGAUGCCUUAGAGGCUGAAGAAAUGGCUCGCCUGCACGAGUUGCGCGCAGACGACGACGAUAGCGAUGAAAGCCUAGAUAUGAUAGCUUCUUCCCAUCACAGUGCCGACCAGCAAAGCUCGAUGAAGCGCUCUCAGGAAAUGAUAUUUAAGCCUAAAUCCGAGCCUGAAGUUAUACCUCAGCAACAAUCGGCUGAGACAAUGCAGAUUGAAGAGUAUCCUAAGCCAAAAGAAGUCGAGCGUACUUGGGGCUUAGCAUAUCCGAUUGAUGAGAAAGAGGGAAAGAUCGAUAGUUCUCGGGAAAGCGAUAAAGGUGAAGAUAUCUUGCUUUAUCACGGCGACCCCAGACGCUCGAUUGACGAAUCGAAGCUGGCAUCAAGUUUAGACGAAGGAAGCAUACUUUCCGUCAGCAUGUCUAGCACAUCGAAUAUUGACACCGUUGUCGAAAACUUUGAUGAUUUAAUUGGCUCUGCCGGCUCAUCAUCUUUGACGGGAAUUGAAGGUUUUCAGUAUGGCCACGAUGAUCCAGUACCUUCCACAUCAAUACCCGAAGAUACAUUUGUAUUGGAGAUGGAAAGUAAGGAAAAUUCACCACAAGACUCAAAUGCCAGUACGCCGCCUGGCAGUGAGUCAAAGAGACGUGGUCACAAGCGCAAUGAGAGUACGACAAUAUCUGGAGAUGCCCUGAAAAAUUUGGACAAGGAUUCGGCUUUACCAGGCGAAGGCAAGGAAUCCGAAAGCGAGUCAGACACAGAUCCCUAUGAGUCCGAAUAUGCUCGUCAGUUUCGCUCCCCGAAAGAACGAAAACACAAAAAAAAGAAACAAGCGGCUGCAGAAAUGGAUCACAGCUCCGAGCUUGAGAAACGUCCAUUUACACCUUCUCAGCUGGUAGCCGAAGUUAUUGUUGAGGACGCAACAGAAGAGUUGGAGGCGGAAGCAGCUAUGAUUGAAGAGCGACGACCAUCACAAAACAUGCAAAACUAUUCAAAUAUACCUGACAUUAUGGUAACUGAGGAUGUGAAGUCGCCCAUUCUAGAAGAUGCUGAUGAGUACCCCGAGAAGACUUUGUACAAGGUUCGCACUGAAGAGGAGCUUGACAAGGCUACUGAUGUUGGCACCUAUCAAAAAGCCAAGGCCGAAGAGAAAGAGCUGGACUUCCAAAGGCGUGUACAGGAGCAAUAUAAACAGAAACUCGAAGAACUUAAACGCGCCGAAGUGGGUGCAGAUUACGACGAUCAAAGGGCAGCAGAUUCACCGGACUCAUUCGAAAUGGUGGAACAGCCUGAUAUAUCCGACGAGUUCGUCAUUAUUGAAGAAGUAGCCAAAGAGGCCAAUGAGGCUGACCUGGGAGGCAAGAGCAUAAAGAUUAAGCCAACCAAAUAUGAGCAAAAGCAUGAUGAGGAUGUCGAAAAAAUAAUUAUCAAAUCGGCACCUGCCGACCCCAAACUCGGCUCCCAGUUGUACAAGGACGACCUUAAUUUUGAGUUUGAGGAAAGCCCACCAACGGGAGCCAGCAGCAGCAGCGAGCAGCAGGAGGAAAGCGAUUCAAGCGAUACAGCAGCAGCUAAUAAGCGUUGGGUCGAGAUGCAGCUAACUGAUACCCAGCUGCGCUAUCCUUACGAUCUGACGGGCGCAGUGCUCGAAGACAUCAAGGAGGAGGAUGGAGAAUUUGAAGUGGGCAGCAGUCGCAUCAGUAGUUUCAAGGACUCGUUCUCAAGCACACCCGAAUACGAUCUGGCGGCACGCCGCUAUCAUUCGCGCGGGGAACACGACGAUGUAUCCAUGAGCAGCCUGCAAGAGUUCGAGUCACUGGAGCAAGCUAUUUCACUAGAGAACCGAAAUCGCGCUCACCAGGGCUCCACAGACUCCAGCAACGGCAGCUUCACACGCCGCUAUAUGGUGAGGCAUAGUGGAAGCGGCACAGCGCCUGGCGAUGAUGUCUCCAUAUCCAGCUUAAAGGAUUUUGAGGGACUGGAGAAUGCAUGCAUCGAAGCUCAUCUAAUUGAGAUUAAGGCCAAAGAGGAGGCUGCUCUGCUCUCGCGUUCCGACGAGUCCAACAAAUCAAAUGGUAGCGACCAUGGCGCCGCGGGUAAUGUGGUAGUCACCAAGGUUACUCGCACUGUGACCCGCACCGAAGUGUUGCCAGCAGGGCAAGCUGACAACCUUGAACAUUUGCUCAAGCAACAAUUGGAAAGGGAUGAAUUUGAUUCGAAAGCAGUUAGUACAGUGAAAAUAACCGAAAUACCAACCACAGAACUGGAUCCAAAGUCAAAGAUUGACAGUCAGGAUUCCGAAAAGGACAGCAUCGACAGCAUGGAGAUAAGGAGCCAUGACAUGAUGACUAGCAGCAUAGAAAGCUUCGAUAUAUCGAAAGACGCCACCACACGCUCAGACAUCGACUCGUUGGAAAUUGACAAACGGCAUUCGCGACAGGAGAGCAUCGAAUCUUUCGGGGAUGAGCAGCUGGAUCUUAUGUCAAAACUAGUCAGCGGAGGCGGAGUAACAUUAGGUGAUGGAUUGACCACCACAACGACGACCACAACCACCAGCACCGAUGCCGAUGGCCAAGAGCACACAGUUACACGGGUGAUAACAACCACAACUGUCUCUGGUGGCAGUGGUAUUCUGGAAUUGCCCCUGGAUGAGAGCGGUAUGUCAAAGGACAUAUCCGUUGAUUCUCUGAACCUGUGCAUUGAGCAAACAACCAGCUCGGCAGGCACAACAGCCACGUAUCAGACCAGCGCCGGAAAUUCCCAGAUGUCGGGCAGUGUUACUAGCUGUGCAUCAAGUACGUUAAUGGAAGACUCGUUUCCUGGUGUGGGUGGCAUGUCGUCCUCUCAAAUGUCGGCUAGUUUCUGGUCGCACGACGAGUCCACGGUGGUUGAGGAUGAGGAUCUAAGGACACAACAGCAACAACAACAGCAUCAACACCAGUAAAGAUGAGAAGCAAAGAAUAAAUUAAUAAAGGGCUUAAACAAUGACUAAGAAUAUUUGGCUAGACAAGAUGUUCAACUAAGGAUGCGAUUAAAAACGCAUCCUCUAUCGGAUUACUGACUAUGAAACACUCUGAAUGGGACUCCAGAUCACCAACUUUAGACGUCACGGACCUUGAUUAUCUCAAACUUGAAUAAGAAACUAGCAAAUUCGUCAUUUUUUCAUCAGUAUAAACAUUUUAAAUGAAUUUGAAAUGCAACACAUGAGUUUUAAAUACUUAUAAAUAUUAUAAAAAUUGCAAAAUUGAAUAUGGCAAGCAUUACUUGUUUCGCAUUUUCUGUAAUUGGCUUUAAUGUUUUAACAUUUAAAAUAAAAAUCAAAUCUUAUAAGGAACAACAAUUCUUGAGCUAACGCAUUGUAACGAAAUGCAGAAUACACAUUCGCUUUUAAUUUGAUGUAGUUAUACUUAUAUGUAUCUAUUAAAUGAAUCGCUUAUUAUUGUAGUUUAAUUUAAGCAAAAUAUACAAGUGCAUAUGUAAAGAGCAAGUAGGAAAGGAAAGGCCUGGGAAGUGAAAUGCUUUUAAAGUCUCAUUUUUUACAAGAACCAAGCAAAUUUUUACGCUUGCAUAUUUUAAUGAAAAAUAUACAUACAAUAUUAUACAAUAACAAACCGAAAUGCAUAGAUAAAAUUUAAUAACACCUAUAUACAAAAACACAACCAAUAAUAAUAAUUCACAUAAAGCCGCAACAUACAAAAGAUUCAUAUACUUAAUGCUAAUUUUCGUAAUGCACACCUUGCAGUGUAUUCAUAAUAUUCUUACAUAUUACAAGAUUUAAACGUCUUAGCAUCACCAGUGUAAUGGGUUAUAAAUAAAAUAUUUGUGUUAAAAACAUACAGCAAAUAAAAAACAACAAAAAACAUUAUUUGUAUUGUAAACCACACGCGUAUGAAUAAC